CUCGAGGAUACAAAAGAGUUCUGGGCUACAAAAGCAUGGCUGCUGCUGAGGCGGCCGUGGUCUCGUCGUCGUCGUCUUUGAAAACAGGCACAGCCCCAGUCCCUGAAACUGCAGGAACAGCCGCAGCAACGGCUGCCACCUCGCCAGUGACGGCUGCAGCCGCGGCGGUUGCGGCCGCUGCCAGGAGCGGAUCCGAAGCCAGGGUCUCUAAGGCCGCUUUGGCGACUAAGCUGCUGUCCCUGAGCGGCGUGUUCGCCGUGCACAAGCCCAAAGGGCCCACUUCAGCCGAGCUGCUGAAUCGGCUGAAGGAGAAGCUGCUGGCAGAAGCUGGAAUGCCUUCUUCAGAAUGGACCAAGAGGAAAAAGCAGACUUUGAAAAUUGGGCAUGGAGGGACUCUAGACAGCGCAGCCCGGGGAGUUCUGGUAGUUGGAAUUGGAAGGGGAACAAAAAUGUUGACCAGUAUGUUGUCAGGAUCCAAGAGGUAUGUUGCCAUUGGAGAGCUGGGGAAAGCUACCGACACGCUAGAUUCUACAGGAAAAGUAACAGAAGAAAAACCAUAUGAUAAAAUAACACAAGAAGAUAUUGAAAGCAUUCUACAGAAAUUUACUGGGAAUAUAAUGCAAGUACCUCCCCUCUAUUCUGCGUUAAAGAAAGAUGGACAGAGACUUUCCACUUUGAUGAAGAGAGGUGGCGUCGUAGAAGCGAAGCCUGCGAGGCCAGUUACGGUGUACAGUCUCUCCCUUCAGAAAUUCCAGCCGCCAUUUUUCACAUUAGAUGUUGAAUGUGGAGGAGGUUUUUAUAUCAGAAGCUUGGUCAGUGACAUUGGCAAAGAACUCUCUUCCUGUGCCAAUGUAUUAGAGCUGACGCGGACCAAACAGGGACCAUUUACGCUAGAAGAGCAUGCCCUUCCUGAAGACAAAUGGACAAUUGAUGACAUUGCACAAUCUCUUGAGUAUUGCUCAUCUCUGCUCCCGGCAGAGCUGGCACUUAAAAAAUCAAAACCUGAGGAGUCUAAUGAACAAGUUUUGAGCUGUGAAUAUAUAACUCUAAAUGAGACAAAGGGAGAUGAUGUAAUUAAGACAUUUUAAGGUUGGCUUGGGAUUGUCAUCAUUUCCUGGUUGACAUUUGAAUCCUAUGUGCAGAAUGACAAGCUGUGUGCAGAAGACGAACUAUUCCUUUUUUUUUUUUGCAUGAAGAAGUGUCCAUCGUUUACAGUUUCCAUAGUGUACAAUUUAUCUGCUGUACAUUAUAAAUAGCCUUGCAGUUGUUCAGUUCUUUGUUGUACUAUGGAAUAUUCUUUUAGGAUGUUAUUAUGUUAGAUUGGAUUCAAGAAAAUCAACUUUUCCUGUGAAAAAGUUGACUAUAUUUUCUAAUCAAAGAAAAAAGAAAUAUGAGGUAUGUUUCCUUUGUGUCACAAAAGUGAAUGUAAAUUAGUGUUACUUUGACUUUAUUUUGGCUUCCUCAUGGCUCUGUUGCAUUUAAAUUCUUUAACUAUGUUUGAAAAGGCCAUUAUUUAACUCUUACAUUUUGGAGAAUUUAUGAUUAUUAAGAAUGUUUUUUUGAUAAGACUGCACUUAUCUGGUAAUAGCUGUUUGUUUAGAUAUUAGAAACUAAUAAACUUUUAUAAUAAAUA